AUGUACUUUCUCUUGGUCGUGUUUAUAACCCUCGCUGCUGGAAUUUCCCAUGGUCAACCUUCGACCACUCCGGGCAAACUCAGCACUGCAUCGCUUUCAGAUCUCUAUGUUGAAAACGCCCCCGACUAUCUCCGACCAUAUGUGAUUCCGCACUAUGCGAACUCUCAUGCAGUCUCCGUUGGCAGCCAAGUGUACAGAUUUAUGGUAACGGGUCCGUCCUCCGACUAUGCCUUCACCCUUAUGAGCACAAGCGCUCCUGUGAGCACAGAACUAGGUGUCCUACCGCAUAUCCACCAGAAACACUAUGAGAACUUCUACAACUUGAAGGGCCGCUUUCAACUGUGGGCGGAUAAAGGAAAUGGUGGGCAACAAGCUCGUCUUUUGUCUCAAGGCGAUUAUGGCUCGGUGCCUCGUAAUACGACCCAUACCUUCCAAGUCUUAGAUCCAGAUACUGAGAUGAUCGGUGCUAUUGUUCCCGGAGGCUUCGAGGACUUGUUCUACGCACUGGGAACUAAUUUCACUUCGUCAACAAACACACCUUAUGUUCCCGCAGCUAGCAGUGAUUCAACCUCUGGCGGCAGUGAUGCUAGUACCAUCUCCGCCCUUCAGCAGUUUGACGUCUAUUCGCAACUGGAUUUCGUACCUCGCCGCGAUUUGAUUAAUGGAACCGCGCCGUCUGGCACAGAAUGGCACACAGGCUCUAACUCACUGGGAGCUCCCGCUACACCAUAUUUCAUUGCCAAUGGGUACGGGCCAAAGUAUCUCAACUCUCGAUAUGGGUAUCAAAUUGUACAACCGCUUGUCACACCCACUCAGGCCCAGGAUGUCAAUUUCACUCAGUCCACGAUCACGAUAUCCAGACUGCAAAGCAAUAUCACAGCACCAGUUUACAGUCAGUCUGGUUCCAGCGCAUUCCAGGUUGUUGAAGGAAUCCUGAAAAUAAAGAUUGGAGACUAUCCAACUGCGAUGUUGACCACGGGUGAUGUGGCCUUCAUACCCGGAAAUGUGUCUUACAGCUACCGGAGCGAUGUCUUCUUCACCAAGGUACUCUAUGUGAGCCGUGGAACUGAUGGAUUGGACCAGAAGCUGAUUAAAGGCGGCAAACACUGGGACUUCCCUACAUUUCCCAAGGACUGA